UGUAUUUUAAUCUUGGAAUCACACAUAGGAUUCCUAUGUCUAAAGCUAUUGAUGAGAUAGGAAGGCAAGUCUCGUUUGCUUACAACAUGCCAUAACUUGCCUUACCGACUACCGUCAACCCAGCCUUUUUAAACAUUUCAUUCCUUAAUCAACCUCGACAAUGACAGAGCUAUUAAGCCAUACAGGGCUGAUCAUACAGCUCCCCAAUCGCCACCAAGUUAAGGUUUCCCAAUUCCCCCACGAUCCCGCUAUUCCUCUCGUGUCCUUCAAUUUUACCCAAAGAAUCUUGGCCAAAAGAGUUCCUAACGAACAUGAGAAUCUUUCUCUUAAAUCGCACAUUUCAAGCACUUCCAUUCUCUCAACUUCAGUUUUUCCAAUAAUGGACUCCGUUUCCAGUUCAUCAUCAACAGCGCCAAACAUUAACGACCACCACCACAACAGGCUGCACCACCGGUUCAAACCGAUCCAACCCGUUGCAGACCGGCUAGUCAGAGCCCUCCGCCACCCGCUCUUCCUCCUCCACAGAUCCGAUUCCAACUUAUUCUUUAUAUGUGCCACCGGAAAUGUUUACACCGUUGCAUUAUCUGCCACCCCUUCAUGCACGUGCCCCGACCGUACAACCCCAUGCAAGCACAUCUUAAUUGUUCUUAUCCGAGUAUUGGGUGUCUCCAUUGAUGACACGUGUCUCCGGAGGAGGACUCUCCGGCCAUGCCGGCUCAACCGCCUUCUCAGCACCCCUACAUCUCCUGAAGCACUAGCGGGGGCUGGAAUACGGGAGAGGUUUCAUCAGCUUUACUAUCAGGCCAAGAAGCAAGGUGAGUCGUCAGGAGGAGUUACGGAGAUCGAAGAAGGGAGGACGUGCCCUGUUUGCUUAGAAGAAAUGGAAAAAGGGGAGAAAGUACUGGCUUGUUCGACAUGCCGUAACCUGAUUCACGAAGAAUGCUUGAUGAGAUGGAAGAGAAGCAGAGGGAGGAGGUCGGCUAGUUGUGUGAUUUGUCGUGCAAGGUGGAUUGCUGAUCAAGAGAAGUAUCUGAAUUUGGCGGCUUUCCUUAGCCAGGACGGGGCGGGUGAGGGUGGUGGCGGUGGGGGUGGCGGGCUCUGCGCUGGAUAA